UUUGUUAGCUAUUUCUCCGCCUACCGGAACACUCGCAUAAACAACCGGAUUGAAGUGGAGGCUGCAAAAGGUGCACAGAAGACAACUAAAGUCUUCUCAUUUUCCUCCCGAUAUGAACAAAAUGGUCGGCGCUUUACGGAGGACGUUCGGCGUGGUACGCGAACACGUCGGAACGGACUACAUGGGGAAUAAAUAUUACAUUGUCCCCGAACAGAAGACGUGGACAGGGAGGCUGGUCCGUGCCAAGAGGACGGUGGAGGCCCCGAAUCCCACAGAGUCCGAGUACGCGGAAGGCAACAUCCCCGUCGAGUGGGACGCUUGGAUUCGAGGCAGACGGAAGGAGCCUCCCUCCGCUGAGGAGCUGGCAAAGAACGAGGCCUACAGGGAGCAGAUCAAGCUGAAGGCCAGGGAGGUGGACGAGAAGGACUUGGCGCUGAAAGCCAAGGAAUGCGAGGAAGGCCUGGUGGCGACGCCGUCCAGGACCGUGGCCGCCGGCCACGCGGCCGCCACCGGCUUUGGCAAGCGGGAGUUUAGCGAGGAGCCCACCAGCACCGCCAACACCUUCCAGCCGGGCUCCUGGCGGCCCAAUCCCAAAUAGGAAGCCGAGAGACGGCGGCGUGGACUUGGACCGCUUGGCCGGAUAAUGCAGUUCGAUAGAACCGAUCUGUUUGAUUAUGCUGCUCGUGAAGUGGCAGGUUAGUGUAUUUAAUGGCAAUUAAAAAAAAAAAAAAAAGCAAAAUUAGUUUGAUCCUGUUUGAAAAACAGUUAUAUAUAUAUAUAUAUAUGUAGACGGUGGAGCAGCUUGUAAAGCGUUGGCCUCACAGUUCUGAGGACCCGGGUUCGAUCCCGACCCCGCCUGUGUGGAGUUUGCAUGUUCUCCCCAUGCCCGCGUGAGUUUCCUCCCACAUCCCCAAAACAUGCAACGUUAAUUGGACACUCUAAAUUUGCACAUAGGUGUGAUUGUGAGUUUUUCUGUUUGUAUCCAUGUGGCCCGCGAUUGGCUGGCGACCAGUUCAGGGUGUGCCCCGCCUCCUGCCCGUUGACAGCUGGGAUAGGCUCCAGCACUCCCCAUGACCCUCAUGAGGAUAAGCGGCAAAGAAAAUGGAUGGAUGUACUGCAUAUAUUGGCUAGUAAGGCCUCCCUCGUCUCCAGUAACAUAAUGGUACAUAGAGACAAACAGCCACACUCACAAUCAAUUUAUGAUUAAUGUUGCACGUUUUUGGGACGUGGGAGGAAACCGGAGUGCCCGGAGGAAACCCGCGCAGGCACGGGGAGAACACGCAAACUCCACACAGGCGGGUCCAGGAUUGAAC